AAUGAUAAAACUGGUGAGAAUGGUGUUAUGAUAUUGAGACUUAUUUACUGAUAAGAUUUUGCUUUCUCUUCAUUUAAUAAAUUUAUUUUGUGGAAAAAGCGCAUUUUUUUUUGUUUAUACCUUUGCUUGUUGCACUGUUAUUGAUGUAGCAAUGCUGAUUUGCUGAUGUUGAAUAUAAUUGUGAAAAUUAACCAGAGUAUUGAACAAAACUGUUGAUUCGUCAAGGGCUCAUGAGUUAAAGAAGAAUUCAGGAUUGAUUUUUAACACCCAAUUUUAUUAAAAAUCUCGCUAUUUAACGGUAAUGUUCAAUCUACGUGAUAAAAAACCGUAUAAAAGAGGCAAAUUACCCAACAGAACAGUCCUGAAAAAAAAUGAAGAACACGAGUCUAAAUUUUGCAAUCACACUGUAUUUUUUUCUUACUUUGGCCAGUGGUGAACAAUUGGAGCACAAAAAUGAAACCAAAAAAGAACAAACACCCUCAACUUGCAAAGAAAACGUCGCACCUAGGAGUCUCGAUAGCUACGCAUUUAUAAGGAACCCAAGAUCUGGUUUAGUCUUACAAGCAAACGAAGUCAACGUCAUUGUUGUGUAUGCUACCGGAACCCCGAACCAAAUGUGGGUUCCGGAAUACGUGGGUAGUGGAAAAUUCAAUAUUAUUAACCAAGGCAAUGGCCGAGUUUUGGAUAUUGGAGGGAACUGUUCUGCUGGUUCUAACGUAAUAACAGAACCAAAAGAAGAAGGUGAUCCUUUUCAGGAGUGGCAUUUGCACUAUGGCGAAGGUAUCAUCAACGCAAAACUGGGAUUUUCACUAAAUAUUCCCGUGAAAAGUCCAGAUUUAACAUCUUAUAAACACGGAAUGGAGGUUAAAGCGCAUCCCUGGCAUGGAGGUGAUUGGCAGCAUUUUAUUUUGCAAAGAGUGUGAAUUUCUUCCAAAUGGCAAAUAAAUUUCUAAAAAUUC